ACUACUCAUCCCUGCAUCUGCUGUCAUGGAGCUGAUCACACAGCAGUUCUUCUCUGUCCUGGGACUCCUCUUUUGCAUUAAACUUGCCCUGCAGUUUUUGGGAUUUAUAAAGUACCUGUUUCCACAUCUGUGGGGAUCCUUACCUCUCUGUUUUUUUCGUUCAAUGGGAGAAUGGGCAGUUGUGACUGGAGCUGGAGAUGGCAUUGGUAAAGCAUAUGCAGUCGAGCUUGCCAAUCGUGGCAUGAAUAUUGUGAUGAUCAGCCGAACUCUUGAAAAAAUGCAAAGAGUUGCCAAGGAAAUUGAACAGUCUACAGGAAGACAUGUCAAGAUCAUACAAGCUGACUUCACAAACAAUAACAUUUAUGAACACAUUAAUGAAAAUCUAAAAGGUCUGGAGGUUGGAGUUCUGGUUAACAAUGUUGGAAUGCUUCAUAACCCUGACCCAUGCCGUUUUCUUAGUGGACCAGACAAUGACAAGAAUCUGAUUAAUUGCAACAUCACGUCAACUGUGAAGAUGACAAGAAUUAUUUUAAAGCAAAUGGAAGAACGGAAGAAAGGUCUUAUUUUGAACAUAUCUUCCGCUUUUGGCCGUUUUCCAUGUCCGCUCUAUGCUAUAUAUUCUGCUUCUAAAGCAUUUGUUACUACAUUUUCUAGAGCCCUUCAGGCCGAAUAUAAAUCAAAAGGAAUAAUCAUACAGGCCAUUACCCCAUAUGGUGUUUCCACUCCAAUGACAAAGAACCCAAGCACAGAUAUUGUAACCAAAUCCCCCAUUGACUUUGUACGCCAGUCCCUAAAUUAUGUUAAAUUUGGAGAUGAGACCUUUGGCUGCCUUGCACAUGAAGUUUUGGGGUGCAUCAUCAAUUGCAUUCCAUUGCGUGUCAUCCAUAGCACUGCCGUACAAGAGCAGUUCCUGAAAAUAUUUAGUAAUGCACACAAAUAGAAGAGCCUGGAGCAUACGGGGAUAUUUUUACAUCAUGAAAGA